UACAAAAGUCGCGUUUUUCAGCAUAUCCAUAGUUGUGAAAACCUUCUUAAGACCCAAUCAAUCUGUUUCCCUCGAAACCCCCAAAUUGGAAUACCCUAGAACCCCAAUCAAUCGGUAUCCGCAUUUACAGAGAUUCUUGAUCAGCGAUUAAUUAAUUUGGGGGAUUAAGGAUGAAGAAGGAAGACACCGUGAAGCUAAUCAGCGCCGAGGGUUUCGAAUUCGUCAUCGACAAAAAGGCUGCUAUGGUUUCUCAGACCAUCCGCAAUAUGCUCACUUCUCCAGGUAGUUUUGCCGAAACAGAGCACGGUGAGGUGACUUUUCCGGAGAUAAGCACUACCAUUCUGGAAAAGAUAUGCCAGUAUUUUUACUGGUCUCUUCAGUAUGCAAGUGGCAAGGAAACUGAGUUUCAUAUCGAACCCGAGCUGACAUUGGAACUCAUGAUGGCUGCUAAUUACCUACACACUUAAACAGGCCCCCAAUGCUUCCUCGCAACAUCUCCAAUUUAACUUUGAAGACCACUGAGAUGUUGCUCUUACGUGGAAGCUCUGUGUGCUGACAUUAUUCGAUGAUCCUUUCACUUUUUUUUUUAAGUUUUCGUUAAGAUUGUAGAUACAGUUGGAGUGGAUUGAAGGUGUGCGUUGGUCAAUACUUUAGUGUUAAUAUUUGGGUAGUAUUUCGGAUAUUCUAAGGUUAGAGAUUAUUAACAAACUUAUUACCAGACUGUUUAGGGCAAAUGACUGCGUAUGUGUAUGCAAAUAAAAUUUACCCUUGUAUGUUUUUGUUUUCCCCCA